AAAAUAGAAAAGAGAAAAAAGUGUGUGGUUGUCCAUUUCCUGUGAAAAGCUUCUGUCUGCUGAUGGUACGAGUUAGAAGUAGGAAGAGAAACUCGAUGCUCACUGUUCAGCCUAGUCAUCAGUAGAUCACAGGAGAUCUCUCAUUGUUUUCUUUGUGUCGGUUUACCACUCCGAGCAUAAUUUUUUAAGAGUUCGAUCUGUGCAUGUGAGGCCAUGAAGCGAGGAACUAAGAAUAAAACUCAGGAGAGUGUGGGCAGCUCAUUGCUCAAGCCACAGGAAAAUGAGAGGCUGGAGGAGCUGCUGGGCAGGAGGUGUGUGUCUUUGUCUUCAGCUGUUGUGCAGCUGCUCAUGGCUCUGCCGAGUGACCCGAACCGCUGGACGCCACAGCAGUCUGGAGUGGUUUGUUUUGUGAAGGACAGCCCACAGCGCUCCUUUUUUAUUCGACUUUACGACAUCAAGGCAGGCACACUGGUCUGGGAACAGGAAAUAUACAACCAACUGAUGUAUCAAAGGGUGAAACCUUUUUUUCACACCUUCGCUGGAGAUGAUUGUCAAGUGGGGUUAAACUUUGCAGACGUAACCGAGGCUGACAGUUUCUUUAAUGUAGUAGAUGACAAGAUCAACCAGAGAAAUAAUCGCAUCGACAAACAGCAAAGAAAAGGAUCUGAUACUAGAGAUUCUGGAGCUGUGCGACCACUCCCUCCACCACCAAAUGGCGUUGGCACUCCUACCAUGCCUCCAUUGGUACCUAUUAAUGUACAGAACCAAGUCCCUCCUGCAAAAUCAAAGAAAGAUAAGAAAGAGAAGAAAGAGAAAGAAAAGAAAAACAAGAAGAAAGAUAAAGAGAAAGGAGGCAAACUUUUGAAGAGGGAAAUUGGAGCACCUAGUGGUUUCACGCAUGUCAGUCACCUUGGCAUGGGUGGCGAAAGUUUGGACCCAGACCUGAAAAAAAUUCUAUCCUGUGCUGGGAUAAGCGAAGCAGAUAUGAAUGACUCGGAAACCUCGCAACUCAUCUACGAUGUUAUUGAGCGUUCAGGUGGAAUGGAGGCUAUUAAAAAAGCUGCGCACCAGCAGGAGUCUAGUCGCCCUCCAGUCCCUGGAGGUCAUCGAGGUUCCCUUCCACCAGUGCCCGGUGGGCACUCCUCGGCUCCUUCUCCCUGUCAAGGUCGAAGCCUACCACCUGUCCCUGGAAUGAGUCAGUCCUCUGGUCCAGUGCCCACACGUCCCCUUCCAUCUACCCUUCCGAGAAGCCAUCCGCCAACACCUCAAGACUCUGAGUUCAACAGUGGUUCUUUGCCCGCACGAUCUUCAGCUUUAGGACCCCUGCCGCCUGUUCCUCAAGGAGGGCGCAAUGGGCCCCCGCCUCCUCUCCCAGGGGGGCGAAGUGGACCCUUACCCCCACCACCUGGUGGUCGGAGUGCACCCGCCCCCCCACCCCCAGGACAACGUAGAGAGUCUUUAACUCCAGUUCAAGGAAAAAGAUCUGGACCUCAAGCGAAUGAAAGACAAGGUGGCUCCUUGCCACCAGUACCCCCUGGAGGGAGGAGUGGACCCUUACCCCCACCUCCGAGAGACAAUAGUGGAUACUCUGCACCUCCACCGCAGCAUGAUACUUCACUACCCCUUCCACCACCUGACUUCUUUCCCCCUCCACCAUGUGACUCUUUUCUGCCACCUCCACCUGAAGACUUUAACGAAUUUGCACCACCAUCUUUUCCCACUAAACCCAGCUUUCCUCCACCACAAAGCCAUCAUCAGCAUUCAGGACCUCCUCCUCCUCCUCCAGUCUCAUCCAAACCCGGCGGUGGUGGUGCUCCACCUCCGCCACCACCUCCACCUCCUCCAGCCGCACCACCUCCAGUGAGCAACAUUUCAUCAUCUGGAGGAAACUCUUCAGCUUCUUCAGAAUCCAGCAGUGUGGGGGGUAGAGGGGCACUACUUUCCCAGAUACAAACAGGGAUGAAACUCAAAAAGGUAACCGCCAACCCUGAACCACCGUCACCUGCAACGGAUUCGGGUGAAGGAAUAGUUGGAGCUCUCAUGAUGGCCAUGCAAAAGAGGAGUAAAGUCAUCCACUCCUCAGAAGAAGAAGAAGAUGAAUUUGACGAUGAAGAUGAUGACGAUGAAGAGUGGGAUUAAUCCAUUUUUUAUCUGAAAUAGUUAACUUAGAAUUUACCUGGGCAGCUUUACAUAUUUUGGACACAUAAAUAAACCCAGAGCCUUUUUGUUGGCUCUGUCUGUUGAUGUGUUUUUGCAAAAGCAGUAUGGAAAGAGUGAACAAAUAAAGCAGCAUUAGGACACUGCUAAAGUCAGAGCUGAUUUGUGUA